AUGGACAAAGAUUGCGACAUGGUUUAUAAAAAUAUUUCUGACAUAUAUAAAUCUGAAGAAUUUAAGACCUACGACAACUUUGUUUCAUUAGUUGCAGAAUGUGUUUGGGAAAUAAGAGAUAAAGAUAGAAGAGGCAAAGUAUGGAACAAACAAAUAAGACCCGCUAUGUUUGAGAUGAAGAGAGCAAUUGACGCUUUAGUUGUUUUAGCAGGUAAGGUUUCAGAAUAUAACGCAAAAAUGAACCCGCAAUGUUCUAAAUGUAAAGCAGCAAUGAGGAAAUAUAACUACUCAGUCAAAGAGAUAGAAAGAAUGAGAAACGACUAUGCAGACUUAAAGAAAGAAGCAGAAAAGCCAGCAGAAGAUAAAAUGGACAUGUUAGCAUUUCUGAACAAAAACUAUCCAACAGCAGAAGAUUUCCUAUUAUCUGACGUCAAGAAGAAAUAUAAAGAAACUUUCGGUAUCGUUAAAACUUUUGACAUACUGACAGAAGAAAUAGAAGCUACGAAAUUGUUUAGAAUUUCAAAUAUACAUCGUACAAUUCAUGUAAAACGCUUGUGA